UUUAAAGUAUCAAAUUGUUUAAGUGGUUAUUUUGAUAACUGCAGGCUGUUGCAAUUGUGCAUAAUUUGUGUAUAUAGAAUGUCGAUUGACCGGAAUAAGGUCAACAUUUUUAAAGACAGGCCAGCAAGUCUGCUGCUUGAAAGUGUUUUUAGCAGCAGCUGCAGUAAUCGGAUGACGUUGCUUUCAGUAAAUUGCUGAAAAGUUUUUUUUGUUCCUGCUUCAUUUAUUAGAUAAGAUAUUGCCAGUUUUGAAUACCCGAAAUGCCGUGCGAAAGUUGCCACAUACAGUUCGGAUUGAUUACGCGCAAAAAAUCAUGCUAUGAAUGUCGCCGACUGUUUUGCAGAAGCUGCCUCGAAAAGCGGCAGGAAAAAAUCCUAUGCCACAAUUGUGUAAUUUUUACAAAGCGUCCCCUGACCAAAGUGGACCUUGGUCAGCUUAAGGUAAAAGAUUUGAUUUUUUACCUUCAGUCGAAGCACAUCUCGACCUCGGGUUGCGUCGAGAAAGAGGACCUAAUUAAUCUGAUCAUUGCUCAUGUCAAUUCCCGAGCAAGCAGUCCUCGAAGCCCAGCUGGUAGUGCGGGAAGUGGAAACGGAGGAAUCUUUAACUUCAGUUCAGCGUCAUCUGCUGGAGACAGCAGUGGGGGUGUUGGAGGCGGUAGGAGAAAUCAAUCAGGCGCCUCUAGAUAUGGAAAUUUCUAUGCUGCUGGUGCGGAUAAUUGCGCAAGUACUUUCGAUCAACUCAAGAGUACAUGUCAAAAUUUAUUUACGUCUAUUACGGAAAAACUAAGCACUGAUUUGUCAAAACCUGGCUUUACCAACACAAACGCAGAGGAAAAUACACGACCAAAUAAUGAACCGGAAAUCAAUGUAUUUCAGCAGCCACGCUUUGGAAAUAACGAUGUGUAUCAGAUAAAUUCUCCUCAAACAAGUGAUGAAAACGGAGGUUCUACGAGUUUAAGGCCGAAUACAACGACACAAGGUGAUAUAAUCCACAAUGGAAGAAAUUUUUCUCCAACUGAUGGCAUAACGGGAGAAAGCAGUGGAGUAACUAGUGGUGCUGAUUCCAGUGGUGGCACUUCAUCUGUUUCCUCUCCCGAUCGGCAAAAUAAAUCUACUGGCAUCCGAUUGGAAAGCCUUAAUCUAUCGCUUAGCGCUCGCAUAGAGAGCAUACUGGCAUCGAACGAUAAUCAAAAUGGAUGUGAAUGCUCAGAUGAAGAAGAUGAGGAUGAAGCGAGGGGAACUCCAAGGCGGAAAGAGUCAAGAAAAGCAACAUCAGAGGACAGCCUUAUGCCGGAAGCCGGGCCUAGUCAUAUUAUAGCAGCUGAUCGCAAGUCAGUUCCACAGUCGAAAUCCGAUACGCCUUCUUCUUCAUUUGAUGAAAUAAACCUAGAUGGUGAACGAUGCACGGCCGCGGAACAAGUAAUUAAUGCCGCAACUGACACAGAAAACUGGCAAAUUGUAAUUAACCCAGAGUCCUCCGCUGCAACGACUGGUAUCGAGAUAGACGAAAAUGUUAAUGUAAACAAAUCUUUAGAAAGAAUAGAGGAGGAAGAUGAUUGCGAUGUUGUUCCUUGCUCUAGCCGCCAAAUUUUAAGACGACGCUCUGACAGCUGCUUGCUGAAUCGAACUGACGUUAAAUCCCGAUGUCAAACAGUUCCUGAGUCCGACACGGAGGCACAUUCUAGUCAAAAUCAAAAUGCAGUUUUUACUGCCAUUAACACCAAUAAGUGCUUUAGGUGCGGUAAGCGACGCAGCGGAAUUCGAAAACAAUUGAAAAAGUUCCGCAAACAGUUGGAAACGGCAACAGCUGGGUCCGAAGCCAUCAAGCGGCAACAGCUAGAAGCGUUUCUUAGCUAUUUAGAGCGGCGAAGUAAAGGGUCAGUCGAGUUAUCAGACAGUGAAUCUAUAACGGAGGAAGCCAGUAUCAGUUUAGCAGAGCUAGAUCCGGUGGAAGGCGAUAGCAGUUCCGGUUCGGCACAGAGAACAGGAGACAGGUCCAGCUCUCAGUUGACUGAUGAAAAUCGGCUACAUUCCGGCUAUCCGCGGGCGGAUGGCGACGAACUAGAAAGCACUCAUGUAUACUCCGCCGGUAAUCAAGAGCUGGCCAACAAGAGCCACAUCAAGUUGAGUGAUAUCAAAGAGAGUGCUGACCUGGAUAUCCUGUCGGUGAAGCAACUAAAAGAGAUUCUUAUGCUGAAUCGUGUUGACUUUAAAGGCUGCUGUGAAAAACCUGAGCUUCGUGAACGUGUUCUUCGUCUUUGGCGAGAUUAUAAAUCCAUUCCAUCAAUCGAAAAAUUACCCUCAGAUGACUUGUGUAAAAUCUGUAUGGAUGCACCAAUUGAAUGCGUUAUAUUGGAAUGCGGUCACAUGACUACGUGCACGGCCUGUGGUAAAGUACUAAGCGAAUGUCCUAUUUGUCGGCAGUAUAUUGUGCGAGUGGUUCGAUUUUUCCGUGCGUAGAUGUUUUGUUUUCUUUUUCUUUAUCGAAAAGGACGACCUUUUUGCUCACCUCUAUGGAUUAGUCAAAGUUUUAGACGGUUAAGGAAGAUUGUGAUUUUACUGCUAAACAAAAAUUUCUAAGCGGGAGAUUAAGAUAACAUAAACUAAUAUAACGAUAUGCGAUUUUUUCAUAGUGGUUAGGUGCUGACAAUAGCAGCAAGCAUAUAAGUUGUAAACGAGUUUAACUCUGAAAAGUAUGUACAAUGUUGUAGAUAGUGGGAUGCAAACGAAACCUCAUACUACCUUUUAAUCCCCGUUUAUUCCUCAUAAUUGGGCAUAUUCCUUCCUAGCGAUAAGUGAUAGGAUUUGCAAUUAGAUGGAAAUAGUUUCGUUUUAAAAUUAGAAACGUGGCACAGCAGUCGACACAGUGAGUUGGUCGACUCUGUCGUUUCUAUUAGGUUAACUUCGCCAGGAGGUCGUAAAUACUGUUUCUUUUUUGUUCAUAAAAUUCUCGCUAUAACCAAUUAUUGCAACCAGGCUACCUACCUAUUGGCCUAAUGUGCGAAAAUAGCAUAUGUUCUAUAUCGAAUAACAAAAAUAGCAAUGUUUUCUGAUACUUCCAAUGAUGUAUUACAACCAUCUAGUUUCCGAGUUUUCCAUACUACAGUUUAACGUACAUAAUGUU